AACGAGAGACACGGAAAAGGCGCACGCGCCGUGCAGUCAGUGGCGGGCCAGUCGCGGAAGAACUCUUCAGCAGGCGAGUUGUUUAUUUCAGCAACAGAAUGUCCACAGAUGUAACGAAGCCACCGCAGGAUAGCGAAGGGUUCUGGAAGACGCGCUACACGAUACUGGUGCUGAACACGCUGGCCAUGGCCAUCAGCUACGCGACGCGCGUCAACAUCUCGGUGGCCAUCGUCGACAUGGUCAACGGGACGGCGCUGCGGGAGAGAGAAGCCGCUGAAGGGAUCCAGCUGGUCCGUGAUCCAGACGCCUGUCCAGGGGAGCUGGUGGUGCUCGAGGAUGCCACAGGCCGCAGGGAUGGGGAAUUCAUUUGGGACAAGCAGAUGCAAGGAGAGAUCCUCGCAGGCUUCUACUACGGAUACACGAUUGGUCACAUCCCAGGAGGUGUGCUCGCUGACCGCUUCGGUGGUAAGGUCGUCUUGCUGGUCGGCAUUUUUGUCUCGUCUCUGCUGGCGAUUCUGACACCGCAGUCAGCGUGGGCUGGCUACUAUGUACUGUUUUUUAACAGGCUCUGUCAGGGACUCGCUCAGGGUGGCAUAAUACCAGCUAUACAGACGACUGUUUGCAGGUGGGCACCAGACCACGAAAGGAGCUUGUUUUCCAUUAUUUUCCUAGGGUUAUUUGUUGGGAGCCUGGUGUCCAUGGCGGCAACGGGCGCUCUGUGCGAGACAGCGAUUGGCUGGCCGCUUUCCUUUUACGUUUUUGGAGCCGUCGGUCUGCUGUGGAGUUUGUCUUGGUUCCUGCAGGCUGCGGAUUCACCGGCACAGCACCCGUACAUCGACCCAGUCGAACGCAGCUACAUCGAGGCUACGAUAAAGUCAGCUGCCAAGACAAAUCUGCCGGUGCCGUGGAAGAGUAUUUUGCUGACUCCAGCCAUCUGGGCCCUCAUCGCAGUCAUGGUCACUUCCGACAUGAGUUUCUACUUGCUGAUAACGUCGAUACCGCUGUACCUCGCCCAAGUCUUACAUUAUGACAUCCGAAGCAAUGGAAUCAUAUCGGCUAUUCCCCACAUCACUGGUACAGUUGGAAGUUUGGCAUUUGUAUGGUUUACCAACUUCCUGCUCCAAAAGAAAUUUGUAUCCAGAAUCUGGACUUUUCGCAUAAUAAAUGCGCUGGGUACGCUGGUGCCCGGAGCGGCGCUGGUCGUGGUGGCGCUGGUGGGCUGCGACGCCGCCACCGUCAUUGCGAUGCUAGCCAUCAGCGGCUUCUGCACCGCCGACUGCACGAGCUCCUACCUCAACAUGCAGAUAAUAGCACCCAACUACGCGGGCACCAUCGUCGGCAUCAUCAACAUGUUUGCCAAUCUGACGGGCAUCGCAGUCCCUUACAUCGUCGGCGCCUUCACCAACGCCAACCCAACGCGGACAGCUUGGAAUAACGUCUUCUACCUGUCGGCUGCAGUGGCCACCGUGUCGUACUUAGUCUACGCAGUGUUCACCACUACUGAUGAGCAGCCGUGGAACGUGCCACCCUCAGAAAGAGCACAGAAAGCAGACACCAAGGAAGGCAUCGAGAAUACAGCAUUUGACGAAGGCAUAACACAGAUUGCUGAUGGAGAUACGACGCAGCAAGCUCAUCUGAAAGCCAUCGUUCCUUAGGCUCCGUUCAAUGGAUACAAAUUCUAUGUACCAACGUGGUCGACGCAGCUGUGCAGCAUCGUCGUUGCGACAGACAUCACGAACUCCGUCAUUGAUGGAGAGAAAGACAGUGAAAGCAGCUGUUUCAUGCCCACAGCACCACGCAAACCGAAGAUUCCUUCCUGCGGCCUUACACAAUCAUCGUGACCAGAACCCCAGAAGUUACCAACUAUUGAAGCAGCCAUACGCACGGAGCUCGGCCUCGGCAGAACCAUCAGAAUGACUGGAAAGAUACUGCUAACAAUAUUUUUCAGUGGCUGCGUGACAAAUUAUGGUCAAAGUAUCAGCAACAGCACAAAUUUAUUUAUUCACAAAUUUAAAUCUAAAUUUAAUUUCAAAUACAUUGUUUCUACCUUUAUUAAAAGAAUUUUUGUCUUUUUUUAAGUUUCUGCUACUUAAUUGCCUCAUUAAUUUAUCUUGGUGUUCUUACUUGAAGUCUUUCUUCACUGAAAGUAAUAUUCGUCAGACAGUUUGCUAUACAAAGAGCCGACCUAUACAUAACAAAAAUAUGCAUUAAUGAUUAACUGUCGUUUAAAUACUAUCAACUAUUUGUGCGUACUCAUGCUAAAUGUAACAUCAUGAAGUUGACAAGAGUAUUUUUACUUUGGAAAACUAAGAUGGUUUCUCAGUUAUAUUAAAUAGCUGCAUUUAAAUCUUAUCACGAACUUAGUAUCUUCAUAAUCACACUGUACAAAUGGUUCAAAUGCCUCUGAGCACUAUGGGACUUAACAGCUAAGAUCAUCAGUCCCCUAGAACUUAGAACUACUUAAACCUAACUAACCUAAGGACAUCACAUACGCCCAUGGCCGAGGCAGGAUUCGAACCUGCGAGCGCAGCGGUCGCGCGGUUCCAGACUGAAGCGCCUAGAACCGCUCGGCCACUCACGCCGGCAAUCACACUGUUAUUCAUCACAAGUAACAGUUAAGUUGAAUAUUGCUAUUUGUCGUGCGGUGUUCAGGAAUUUUCAUCCCUAAAUCUAAAUGAGUUAAUCUGUAGUAGAUGUGUUUUUAAUUUAUUUACAAGGGUGUGCUGAAAAGUAAUGCCUCCGAAUGGUUUAUGUGUAAACUCUUAACACUUUUUAAAUAAAACAUAUAAUAUUAACA